AUGCCUGACCUGAUCCAAGAGCUGUCGUUUUACCGCAAGUACCACUACAACAAGGUCAAUGUAUUUAUUCACGUGUGCUGCAUUCCGCUGAUUUUGUUGACUGCAGUGUACAAUCUGACUGCGUUGAGAAUCCCCGAGGUGGUCCUGAACGCCGUCGACCUGGACGCCAAGUACUAUCCGUACGCCAACUUUGCCACUGUGGUGAGUGUGUGCUAUGGUGUUUAUUACAUUAUGCUCGACCUUCCGAUGGGCCUGCCUUGUGCGCUGAUUCUCAAUUACGCUUCAAUGCAGUUCUGCAAGAUGGCACCGGCGCUGGGGUCCGAUGGCUAUCGAAAGUCGUGGGCGAUCCACACUGUGUGCUGGUUGCUUCAAUUCAUUGGCCACGGCGUGUUUGAGAAGCGGGCCCCGGCCCUGCUUGACAACCUGGUGCAGGCGUUGGUGCUCGCGCCCUUCUUUGCUGUUUUCGAGCUGUUCUACUUUUUGGGCUUCCGCCGCGAUGUCAUUGAGAACAUUGACAAGAAGGUUGUUCCUGAAAUCAAGGCGUUCCAUGCUGCUCGUCUCGGCAAGUCUAGUUAG